AUACAGGUUAUGAACGACCCUAUCCACGGCCACAUCGAAAUUAGCCCUCUCUGCAUGGCCAUCGUGGACACUCCACAGUUUCAGAGGUUGAGGUUCAUUAAGAUGACUGGCACGGGCUCUCUGGUCUACCCUGGGGCGGUUCAUACAAGAUUCGAGCACAGCAUCGGAGUUUGUCACCUGGCGGAAACAUUGUGUAGAACUAUGCAACAAAAGCAGCCAGAGCUGAACAUUACUGAGUCUGAUGUGUCAUGUGUAGCAGUAGCAGGGUUGUGCCAUGACUUGGGUCAUGGACCUUUUUCCCAUUUGUAUGAUCAGCUGUUUAUUCCAAGUUUUAGGAGGUCGGCGAAACUACCGGACUGGAAGCACGAACAAGCUUCAGUGGAUAUGUUAGACUACAUUAUAAAGGAGAACAACUUGAAGCAUCUAUUCAGCGACGAGGACCUGAUGUUCAUCAAAGAGCAAAUAAUGUCACCUACAAACAAAGUUGUUAUUUUUUUUCUCUCCAAUUUGUUUUUUAAUGAUUUAAUCGAUUACCAGGGUAGAGGCCAGGACAAGAUGUUCCUCUACGAGAUUGUAGCCAACAAUCGGACUGGGAUCGACGUGGAUAGGUGGGAUUACUUCCUUCGGGAUAGCCACUAUUUGGGAUUGAAAGUUUCGUUCGAUCCCGGUCGACUCCUUAAGUUUGUCAGGGUUAUCGACGUCAAUGGGGAGAAACAGAUCUGUGCCAGGAACAAGGAAGCGGAUAACCUGUACGAGAUGUACCACUGCAGAAGCAGUCUUUUCAAGCAAGCCUACCUUCACAAGACCACCAUCAUCUUAAAUUACAUGAUUUGUGAAGCAAUGAAACUGGCAGAUGACCACCUCUUUUUUCCAGGCACAAAUGGAAAACUCUACAAGAUGUCUGAAGGCAUGAACGACAUGGAAGCCUUCUGGAAGAUGACGGACGACAUCAUCCUGCAAAUCCUCCACUCCAGCAGGCCAGAACUUUCCAGAUCAAGAGAGUGGAUCAAGAGAGUCUUUUCGAGGAAUCUACCUAAAAUUGUUGGGCUCGUAAAGGAAUCUGAUAAUCCGAAGUUGAAAUGGAGUGCAGACUGGAUUCAUGAACAGCUCGUCAUGGAUAGCACCCUGUUGAAGAUGAACCUGACUGCCGAUGAUUUCAUUGUUGUCAAACGUUCUUUUAACUAUGGGAUGAAGGAGAAGAAUCCGCUUGAAAACUGCAUGUUCUACAGUAAACAUAAUCCAGAUGUGGCCUAUAAAGUUACGAAGGAUCAAGUCUCACCAUUUUUACCCGAAAAAUUUCUCGAAGUCCAGUACCUGGUCUACUGCAGCGAGGAUGAGAAACAAAGUGUGGCCAAUGAGGUCUACAUGGCCUUCUGUCUUAGGCAUAAUAUUCUGAUUUACAAGGUUAUUAUUGUUUUUAUUUUUAUAUUAUUAUUAAUGUCUAUUAUUAGUAAUAUUAUUGUUAGUUUUAUGUUUUUUGUUAAGGCGUCUAAGACACUGCUGCAGUAA